AUGAGCGAAUUUAAAGAAAAACAAAAACAAGUUGUCUACACAAGGAGAGUCGACGAGAUUUAUUUUGCAAAACAGAAAAUCACAAGUUUAGAAAGUUUUGAAGACUUUCAAAACCUGAAGUUUCUCUGGUUGAAUGGAAAUAAGCUUUGUCACCUUGGUAGCUGUCUCCAAUCUAACAUCCUUCUUGUAGAACUCUACCUCCAUGACAACAAUAUUUAUUCUGUGACUGGCUGCUUGCAACAUCUCAAAUCUUUACAAGUGCUUCUCCUGCACAACAACUUCCUUGUCAACCUCUCAAAUGUCCUUCAUGAAUUUAGGAAUAUGUACUGCUUGCAAAUAUUAAACCUUUUUAAUAACCCUGUGGCAUUUGAACCCAAUUAUAAGGUCAGAGUAAUCUCAAGCUUACCAUCUUUAAAAAUAUUUGACCGAAAUGAAGUAACAACCUUGGUUCAGAAGUCAAAAUGGCUUAAAAAUAGCAAAAAUCAAUUUUUGCCUGAUUCACCAAAAGCUCCUACAAUCUUAUAUCAUCUGUUGUCUGAUGUUCAGCAAAAUUCCCAUCCAGCAAAAACGAAAGAGAUGUGCAAAUAUAAAAAACAUGCACUUGGUUCAGCUCAUUGCACUCAAAAUAAUGAAGAAAAGAAAGAGAAAAAAGAAGUAAAAAAAACAAGUAAUACUAUUUUAAUUUAUAACAGUUUCAACUGGAAACAAAUGCCAUCCUCAAAGACAAGACAAGACAAUGAAGGAAUCAUUCAUUAA